UUGACAGCCACGUCAAAUUCGUAAACACCCGUUCAGAAAAACCUGAAUUUUCGCUGAAAAUACGUUUGGAAAGCCUGCACAAACUACCGUGAGCUGUUGUUUUCCUCCCAAAACGCUUAAAUAACGUAUAAUUCUUGAAUUUUCAACGAUAAAAUGGACGCUUUGGAAAAUCAAUUGUUGAAUGUGACAAAACAAAUUGAAAAGCAAAUCGAUCAGACUAUCGAACUGAUCGAUAAUUUGGAUGUGAAUGAUUUGGAGGCAAUAAGGAAAGCGCGCGUGGAUGAGUUGAGGAAAUUGGAGGGUAAGAAACGGGAGUGGAUGUUGAACGGGCAUGGAAAGUAUGAGGAAUUGGCGGAAGAAAAGAUGUUUUUCGAUAUUAUAAAGAAGAGUGAGAAUAUCGUUAUACAUUUUUACACGCAAAAUUCGCCCAGGUGCGAGAUUGUCAAUAAACAUUUGAAGAUAUUGGCACCUAAACACGUUGAAACCUUAUUCACUAAAUUGAAUGCAGAAAAAUCGCCGUUUUUGGCGGAAAGACUCAGAAUCAAAACAAUCCCGUCCAUCGUACUCAUACAAAACAGCGUUAUGGUCGACAAAAUAGUGGGUUUCUCCCAACUGGGCAAUCGGGACGAUUUUUCCACUGAAGUUUUGGAGUGGCGUAUAGCGCAUAACCAAGUUAUCAACUACGACGGCGACUUGACAACACCGCCGGAUCAACAGGUUAAAAAACCGGAAAAGAGCAACAAAAAAAUAAGAGAUGGGACUUACAACAGGGAUGAUGACGAUCUUGACAUCGAGGAGUACGGUUUGGCCAGGGAUAACCUAAAAAGUGAUUUGGGCUUCAAAAUUAACAGCGAGCAUUUGGCCACCGAAUUGACAGCUGAAGAGGAGGCAGAGUUGGGUCUUUAAUUAUUUUUUCCCGUAUUUCACUACAGCUUUAACAUUUUAACUAUUUUUUAUACAUUUGCAAAAUUGUUUGUAUUUUUUAUUAUACACCUAAUAAAACAUUCUAAAAUUU